AUGACAGAUGAGGAGUGGUGUUGCCUUGCUGCAAAAUGGCAACAGAUCGCCGAAGAUCUGCAAACUGAUCUGCCUGGUUUGAUACGAGUAGAAGAGAAGAUUGAAAAAAUCGCUGCUCGCAUGGCUUCUGCGCGUGCCGUUAUCGCGUCCGGUGGAAUUGAUGUAUCGGCUACUCGAACAACAGAAAUGAAGGAAGUUGAGAGGAGAAUUGCUCGUGGUUUGGACAACAAGCUUAACCAUCAAGUGAAAGAAGAGAAGCAGUGUAUGCAGAAGGAUAUCGACAAGUUGGAGAAGGAUUUGAAUCGAUUCGCAAUCACUGAAAAGAUGGAAGAAUCAGAGAGGAAGGAGAGAAUUCGAAAGAUGGAUUCUGCCGAGAAAGCAGCUUUGUUAAAAUCAGAACGGGAUGAAGCUUUCGGAAUCGCUGCUGCUAUUAUUGUAAAGGAGGAAGGAAUCUCGGUGGGGGAGUAUAAGGCUGGAAUUGAUCGAUUCUUGACCAAACCAAAUGGAGGAAAGGUUGGAAACAGGAAGGGAAAAAAGAAAGCUAUUGAUGAUCAUGAAUGAAUGGAAGUUUUGAGAUGCUAUCAUAAUUUGUUUUCUUGCUCGAUUAUGAGCUCAAAUGGGAGUGCCUGAUUUACAAUUUUCGAAAGAUAAUGCUGCAGGACCUACUGACUAAACCCUAAAUUAUCAAUACGCAUUCACCUUGGCAUCGGCAAACAAGCCGGAUUUAUUUAACCUCUAGAAGCUUUUCCAAGAUAAUGGAGCCUACAAUUCUUGGCAUAAUUACCCGGCUCUACUUGGCGAGACAGGCAAUUCACUAUGAUCAAAUGGAAGUAAAAAUUAAAUCAAUUCCAGCCGUUGCUAUGUACAUAUAAGAUCUGACAAAUACAAAAAACACAACCCCGCUCCGCAAUCAAAGUCCACUGUUCCCAAAUACGAACACAUAACCAUCUCCAAGCGACCAACAACAAAGUCUAUUUUCUGACCCCAUGGGACCGAGAGAACAUCUGCAUUUGGUGUUUCCCUUACCACCACACCGGGGUCUUCCAUACUUCGAUUCUUUCCACCGACCACACUGGAUUCCAUCCCUCCAAGCUGGUACUUUGCUAUCUCAUUGUUUGAUUUGAAUAAGAAUUGAAGCGGCCUUACCCAAAGCUGCAACUACAAUAGGAGCCUAUAGAAUGUAAAUAUAAACUUUGGUCUUAAUUCCUAUUUAUAUUGAAUUAAUAAGAU